AUGAUUCGAUUUUUGUUUUGUGGCUAUUUUCUCGGUGGCAUCGAUGAAGUGGUUCCGUUGAUGCAAGAAUGGUUUCCGGAGCUGGGAUCGGUGAGGAAAAACUUCGUCGAGAUGAGUUGGAUCGAAUCGCUUCUUUACAUGGGAAACUUUCCAAAUGAGUCCAAUAUCUUACUCGAUAGAACUUAUCAGAGCCCUUUUUACAGUCCUUUCAAAUCGAAAUCCGAUUAUGUGAAGAAACCGAUCCUGAAAUUUGGACUUCGAGGACUAUGGAGGAAUCUUUUUGAAGAAGGAACUUCCGCGAGAAUUGAUUUCAUCUCUUAUGGAGGAAUAAUGGCUGAAAUCCCUGCGACUGCGACGCCAUUCCCACAUCGAGCAGGAACCUUAUUCCAAAUCGUGUACGAGACAGGGUGGGAAGAAGAAGAAAACGUAAGAUCCAAAAGGUACAUAAGAUGGUUAAGGAGACUUUAUAAACACAUGGGUUCGUUUGUUUCGAAAUCUCCAAGACAAGCUUACGUUUAA